AUGGCACCCCCUAAAUCGUCUGCUAUCUUCACCGUCGAAGAUGCCAAGAUAGCGUUCAAUAUUUUCUGCUGCGUCUGCGGUAUCGGCUCGCUCGGCAUGCCGUCCAACUACGCUCGUGCUGGUUGGGUCUAUGCGACCAUCGCCCUGCUCUUCAUGGCGUUCGCGAACAUCUACGCAUCGGUUCUGCUGUCUAAAGUGCUCCUCGUCGCUCCCUCUUCUGUGCGGACGUACAGUGAUUUGGGCGAGUGGGUCGCUGGGAGGUGGGGUCGACUCGUCAUCCUCAUAUCCCAAAUGGGGGUGUGCCUGCUCAUGCCUUGCGCCUUCCUUGUGCUCGGCAGUUCGCUGCUCGAUGUGCUGUUCCCAGACUGCUACAGCCAGACAGUCUGGAUCAUCUUCAUGGCCCUCACGGUCGUUCCCGUGUCGUUGAUUCCCACAAUGAAAGAGAGUACUGGCAUGGCAGUGGCGGGAUGCCUCGGCACGAUCGUCGCCGAUAUCGUUGGCAUUGCGAUCCUUUUCCACGAAAUGCGUGGCCACUCGUCACCCCCGACAGCCAAUGCAUCUCCUCACCAGGUCGUCACGACUUUUGGCAACCUCUCGCUCGCGUAUGCUGCUGCAACAGUCGUCCCCGAUCUCCAACGCCAGCACUCGCAGCCCGAACGCAUGCCCCGUGUCAUCGUGGUCAGUCUCGGGCUCGCCUCGGCCUUUUUUGUGGCCGUUGCUGUCUGCGGCUACGCUCUCGGCGGCUGCCAAAUGUCGGGCAACCUCCUCUUCUCUAUCGUCAAUACGUCGGACCCGUACGCCGUCACGACGCUCGGCUUUACCGCCAACCGUGGCGCUGUCGUCAUGGCCUUCCUGUUCAUGCAGAUGCACCUCGCCGUGGCCUUCUCCACCCUUUUGCAUCCGGCUUUCUACAUGUUUGAGCGCAUGAUCCUCGGGAUGCAUGCACCCGGGACCCCUGGCAAGAAAGAGGAGACAGCGUCUUACCGCCCUGCAUCGACACCCGCCGAGCUCGAACAGAGCAGCCGCGUCUCCCGACCUCAGGGUCUCAGUCGCGUGUCGGCAACCAACACGAUGGUGCCUGGAGAGGACCUGUCCGAGUACAAGGGCCGAGCUAAUGUUCUGCGGUACAUUUUGCUCCGGAUCACGGUGAUCGCCUUACUGGUGCUACUGUCGAUCCUACUGCGCGACCACUUUCUCGACCUCGUCGACUUUACAGGUGCCACUGCUAUCACCAUGUCGAGUCUGGUCGUGCCCCUCGUGUUUUACAACAAGGUCUUUUGGAAAGAGAUUCCGAUCUGGGAGAAGACCAUGUGCGUCACGGUGGCUACCAUUUGCACCAUUGCAGGGUGCUACGUCAUGGUCUUUUCCGGCAAGAACCUCUUCAAUCCGGGCGACAAGGGUGCGACUUUCCCCUACUGCUCAGUAGAGUUCCAAGAAGAGCCGUACUACGUGGUGGGGAACAUCACGGCGUGA